AUGAUGAGAAGCUGUAGCACGGGUAUAUCUGAAGGCGUUAGAAAUGCCUUUGGCGUUGGCUUCCAAAGGGGGACCACAGUUAUCCGCUGCAAGCAUUUUGAGUACUAUGAUGAUGUUGAGCGCCGCCGUAACCUCGCGCCUUACCUGCGUGGUAGCGUUUGCCAUGCUGGACCAAUAAGAUGCCGCUCGAAGUCAGUCCCCAGAAAAUGUACAGCUCCACGCAAAAACACAAAGGCCGCCCUGUCAACCGGCGAGACUGAGUUUCAGCACGAAGGUGAUUUGUUUCAAGAUAUUCAGCAACUCGAGAGCUUCGAAGCCCCACCGCCCACUAUGGAAUAUUGCAGAACAGCUUCCGGCCUCGAGCGUGAAGGGGAUACCCCGAAGAACCUUUUUCUGCAGACUGAAAAGGGUGAUCAAGAUUGCGCCACCACCUGUGCACUUCCUGAGGUCCAGGUGUCUCCUAGGGUAGAGGUGAACUGGGACCACUUUCCAGACCGAGACGCUUGCUCCUCUGGAGCUCUGCCAACACAUACAAGCCAGCUCGUUGACGGGACAAUCGUGAGGGGUUAUAUUGACAUAGCACAUGCCUUGCUACGCCAUUUUGAAGAGGCGCUAGGGACGAAGCAGCGCUUGACUGCUGGCAGCUUAGAUUGCGCAGAAACAGUCUGCAGAGCCCUGAACACAUUACAGAGCUCGAAUUAUAAGCUGAACGUCCUCGUGCAGCGCAUUUUAAACGCAGUCAGACUACUGCACAAGCGGAAAAUCCUGGAGGAGAGAGAUGCUUUAGAUGAAGGUGCUAUGUACAACGAAGUGGAGUUCCCAUAUCCCCUAGAAGCUACUACAAAUUCGUUAUCAGGGGUGCAGACGCACACAUACCCUUUGUACGUGUAUCGUUCGCGGCCUAUGAGUCAGCGUCAAAUGUACCCGGGCUCUGCUGAAACAAUUUAUCAUAAGCUUGAGGGAGAAGCUGAGUCUGGCGGUGACUCCACAAUGCAGGCGCCUCAAAACGUCAGGAUACAGAAGAGCCGCGUUGCCGGCCCCCCACCACGUAAAGCUACUUUGGUGCAAGAUGCGUUGCGUGUUCCUGUGCCUUGUACGGACGAAGCAUCACCCGUUGCACAAAGCCCAUCUAGGCAGUCUCUAACCGAGGUCCAGAAAAGCUACACCAAAAGUGGGAGUGCAUUAAACACUACAGUGCCUUUGCCUGUGACCACUCGAAAAACUGCGAACGAAUGUACUGAAGGAGUUUCAAGGACAGGAUCUCGAGUAAACAUUCAAGUAUCGAGUUCGGAGUCACCUGCAGGCCCGCUUUUACGAGCUCCAUCUGCACAGCUGCCCCAGAUCUCUUUGACGAGGGAAGGCAGUAAAGAGAGGCCCCAGAGUCCAUUAGGUCACAGUGAGGGGGCUAAGCUAGAACUAAGCCUCAACUCACUACCAAAGACUAAUACAAGAGAGCCACAAUCAGCCAGUGGGAUUCCCAGAACGCAGCUUGUUGGACCGAGAACCGAAGGAGGAGGCUCCACUUCCGGCCACUUCACCAGGUACGCUUGUUGCAGCAUGCCAUUUAGAGAGUCCGAGGGAAGCUUGCACGUCCGUCCUCUUAUCUUGAGUGAGACACGCACGCUGGAGGAUAAGGAUCAUUCUCAGUGGAAAGAAGAUAUCUACCGAGCUUCAGUUGCUGAAGCGUUGUUGCUUGUCAAAUUCGCCAUUGACCUCAUACUAAGUGGGGAGGGGCCGGAGUACGUUGAGAAGCAAUUUUUUAAGUAUUUCAGAUUUGACAACUACAAAGCACACGAGAGACCCAAGAUUUCUGAGGGAUUGACACCAGCGCAAGGGAAGUACCUCAUUCUCCGAUACGCCAUUGCGAAGAUCGAGGCAGACUAUGGAGACACACCUGAAGCAGCAGAUCCAAAUCUCUACCUCCCAGAUCUUAGAAAAAUGGAGGGCAUAAUCCUUGACGACCCCUUUCAACAGAGGAACAGGGAAUCAGAGAGCGUAAAGGCUUUCCACCAAGAUGAGGGUGGGGAUUCCCAGCCCUCACAGAGUACGCAUCGGCUGCCCGAGAGGUCUCCUGAGGAACGUAUGGAACGGCAUUUGCCCUUAAGCAUACUUAGUCUCCCAGCAGUCUAUUCGCGGCCCGUAGGGGGCCACCGCGAGUCAUGCUCAGAGUCAAGCUUGCCAGGACGUGCGCACGCUCACCGCGGGGCCUCGAGUUCAAACCCACGGCAGCCAACGUCAUCCACUGCAAUGUCCAACAACGGGGUACUUAGUGCAGCAGCUGCCAACGAAGUGAGCUGCCUGCCAAAGCCUCUUCCAAUUUUGGGCGGCUACAACCCUACAACUUCUGACAACAAACCUAGAGGAAUAUCAAGUAAAGAUGCCGGGCAUAUUGUGGGUGCUGUGGCUUCGGUUCCAAUGCCCACUACGCCAGCGCCUUCUGUCCUACCUGAUGGACCCGCUGUUCAAGACCGACCAGAGACCCAGCAAAGAAGCAGCUCCUUGUCCGUGACAGCAUCUCAGCAGGCUACCCCCAUUUCGCGUGUUUUGCCUCCCACACCUUCCUCGAAUCCAGGUGAUAUGUCAGGGCUGCCAGCGAAAAGCAAAAAUACAACUCCUUCAGACAAACCUGCCAUGAAGUUAGUAGACUCAAGAAACAGCAGUCGGUCCAGGCUCCUGGGGCAGAAAGCAAGCUUGAACUGCCUUUCAAUUGGAGAUGAAGGCUUUAAGCUGAGCAGCAGAAACAUCGUCCGCGACACAGUGAGCGGCGCGGUGACCACCGUAGUAUUUGAGCCCUCCAAAAGCGUUGCUGGACAGUCUCUACUCGAUACGGCAACAUCAGCCGCACUGCACGGCAUCAGUGCGUCCCGCUCGCAAGAAAUGCCCGCACCGCUUCCUGAGUAG